AUGGCAAAAUCAAAUGAUGAUAUCAUCUCAUCACGUUCACAGCAUGGUAUUCUGGCAUCAGCAUUAGCUGAUUUACAAAAAUAUGAUUUCAAUAAUAGUCAUGGAACAAAUACGAUUUCGGAAUUCAAAUCAAAAUCAAUUUUAAUAGAUGCUGCAAAUAAAGCUACAAAACAGCUAACAUCUCAACUUACACCUGUUUGCAAUUCUCCUCUAUCAACCUAUCGUGGUAUAAUAGGUACAGCUUUACGAAAUGAAAUUUCAACCACUGAAAAUGGUUACAUUCCAUCACAGUAUGAACAAUCAUUGGCAAAUAUCGGAACAUCAUUUAAACUUUUGCCAUCUGAAAAGUCUCUCUCAAAAAGGCCUACUUCAUUAAAUGGCCAUAAAUCUUUAACAAGUUCAUUGGAUACCAACAGUUCCACUUUGCAGUCAGCACGAUAUACCACCGCACAACAAAAAGGAAAUAAACGAGGAAUGAUUAGUAAAUGGUUACAAGACAUAGCCGAAUCAACGCCUGAUUUGAGUAGCAGAAAGGAAAUUACAGAUGCAUUGGUUAGUCCACGUACCGGAAUACUUGGAUUACUUUUAAAGAAGAAAACGAAAUUCAGACACGAGAAAACUUAUAAAUCAGCAAAUAGUCUUUUAUGUAGUCCUGAUCAUGCAACCAGUGAAAUAAAUUCAGUUAUUGGUGAAUCUCGUAUGUCACAAAAAAAUCAAUUAAUAUCAAGUUCGAAAAAUCGAGAAAGAAGUGAUGAUAAGCAUUUAUCAUUGGAAGAUCUUGAUGGUACCUUUAUUAAUCCAUCCUCGAGAUCAUCUCAAACUAUAUUCUCAAAAAGAUAUGGCUCAGAAAAGGAUCGCAAAGCGGAUUUUAUAAAGUUGCCGGCUGAGCAUAGCACAUCAAAAGAAUCAAGAAGUUCAUCUGCCUCUACAGAUUUAUUGAUUGAUGAAGAUGAAUAUGCGAAUAAAAAUGUGCCAUCUAAGCUUUUAUUUCACGCAAUGAAACGUGAAUGGCUAAUUGUGGAAGAAAUUUUAAACAAUGAGGAAAAUCUUGACCUUACCAUUAUCAAUUCACUUGGUUUCACAGCUUUAUUAUAUGCAAUCAAAAGUCGUAAUAUUUCGAUUUUCAAUAAAUUACUCAAUCGUGGAGCACCUGUUGAUACAAUAACAAAAGAUGGACGAACGAUCGCGCAUAUUGCAGCAUUUUAUGCAAAUGAGGAAAUGAUACGACAUCUAUUGGAUAGUAACAUUGAUUUCAAAGCAGUCGAAACAAGAUCCAAUAAAAUUCCUUUGCAUUUUGCAUGCAAUCGUUCAUCGAAACUUGGUUGUCGUGUAACGCAAAUAUUAUUGAAACAUUUGAGAGAAGGUCAUCUUGUAGAAGAUUUACAUAAAUGCUUACCGAUACAGUAUGCUGUACAGUGUGGUAAUAUCGAUACGGUUAAAUUAUUAUUGGAAAUAGAUAGGAGUAAUCAAUUGUUGCAUGUAGAUGAAAAUGGUGAUUCAUUACUACAUAUUGCAUGUCGAUCAGGUAACAACGAUAUGUUGCAACUUCUUACUAGCUAUAAGCAAAUUGAUGUGAAUAUUGCAAAUUCAGCCGGUUGGACGGUACUUCAUGAGGCGGCAUUGAAAGGAAAUAUACCUUCGUUGAAGAUUCUUCAUAAACUUGGAGCCAAUGCAAAUGUUUUUGAUAAGGAAGAUCGAACACCGCUGCAUAUUGCAGCAGCUGCCGGACAUACGAAUAUUGCUGAAAUAUUGAUUGAGAAAUUUGGAGGAUCUGUACGUGCUCGUGCACGUGACGGUAAUACGUUAUUGCAUAUUGCCGCGUUAAGUGGACAUGCUUCAACUGCAUUAGCAUUCCUAAAACAUGGCGUACCACUUUGUAUGCCAAAUAGACGAGGUGCUUUGGGUUUGCAUUCUGCAGCAGCUGCUGGUUUUGUGGAUAUUGUUCAGCUGUUAAUUGCUCGAGGAACAAAUGUUGAUAUUAAAACUAAAGACAAUUACACAGCAUUACACAUUGCGGUACAAGCAAGUAAGGCAUCAGUUGUUGAAGCAUUACUGGGAUGUGGCGCAGAUGUACAUGUUCAUGGCGGUUUAAUCGAUGAGACAGCAUUGCAUAUUGCUGCAUCAUUAACUACAGAAGAUGCAAUCGAAUGCGCUGUAAUGUUAUUAAAAAGUGGCGCACAAGUAAAUGUUACACGUAAUGACGGUGAAACGCCAUUACAUAUUGCUGCACGUAAUCCACUUUCCGGAAUGAUACGUUUACUAUUAAGUGAAGGCGCUGAUCCAAAAAUUUGUUCGAAUAAUAGUGAAACUGUUUUGCAUGUAGCAGCGAAGAGUUGUAAUAGUGAAACAGUGACACUUAUCUUAGAACAUCUUUCUCAGCAAAUGUCACCUGAGGAAAUCAAAGAAUUUGUUAAUGCUCGAACUGCUCAGGAUGGUUUAACAGCAGUACAUUAUGCUGCUCAGAUUACUUCAGAUCAAAUACAUUUUCCGGGUGAAAAUGCAAAAUUGAUCAAAACUCUUAUUGAAUACAACGGUCAACCGGAACUACAAACAUAUAAGGGACAUGAAACAGCAAUGCAUUUGGCUGCACGAUCGGGUAACGAAGCUGCGCUACUUGCUAUCGUUGAUAUGAUUGAUGCUGGAGCGAUACAAAUUGUUCAAAAUAAGCAAUCAAAGAUUGGCUGGUCACCAUUAAUGGAAGCAUGCGCACCCGGUCAUUCUGGUGUUGCUCAAAUUCUCCUACAGCAUCAUGCUCGAAUUGAUGUUUUCGAUGAGAAUGGUCAAACAGCGUUACAUUUAGCUGCUGCUAAUGGUCAUCUCAAAUUGACACAUCUAUUAUUGACCAGUAAAGCGUUUGUUAACAGUAAAUCGAAAACCGGUGAAGCACCGUUACAUUUAGCAGCACAGAAUGGUCAUGUUAAAGUGGUCAGUGUCUUAGUAGAAGAUCAUGGUGCUUUAUUGGAAGCAGUAACAUUGGAUAAUCAAACAGCAUUACAUUUUGCGGCACGAUAUGGACAAUUGGCUGUAGCUCAAAAGUUACUUACACUUGGUGCAAAUCCUAAUGCACGAGAUGAUAAAGGACAAACACCGAUUCAUCUGGCAGCUGAAAAUAAUUAUCCAGAUGUAGUCAAAUUAUUUUUGAAAAUGCGACAAAAUAAUCGAGCGAUGUUGACAGCAAUUGAUUUAAAUGGUUUCACAUGUGCUCAUAUUGCUGCAAUAAAAGGAUCAUAUGCGGUUGUUAAAGAAUUAAUGAUGAUUGAUAAAGCUAUGGUUAUUCAAGCAAAAACAAAAACAAUGGAAGCAACAACAUUACAUAUGGCAGCAACUGGUGGACAUAGCAAAAUUGUUAAAAUUUUACUCGAAAAUGGUGCUAAUGCUGAAGAUGAAAAUGCUCAUGGUAUGACAGCACUUCAUUUGGGUGCUAAGAAUGGUUAUAUUCCCAUUCUCAAUGUUUUCGAUCAAUCACUAUGGAAGAAAUGUUCAAAAAAGACUGGCUUAAAUGCGCUUCAUAUAGCUGCAUAUUAUGGGAAUUCAGAUUUUGUAAUGGAAAUGUUAAAAUAUGUACCAGCAAGUUUACGAUCCGAACCACCAAUUUAUAAUCAUCAUGUUGUAAAAGAGUUUGCAAGCGAAUAUGGCUUUACACCUUUACACUUGGCAGCACAAUCUGGACAUGACUCAUUGGUACGAAUGUUAUUAAAUCAAGGAGUUCAAGUGGAUGCUACUUCAACUACCAUGAGUGUUAUACCUCUUCAUCUGGCAGCUCAACAAGGUCAUAUCGCAGUGGUUGGGAUGCUCUUAUCACGGUCAACUCAACAACAGCAUGCAAAAGAUUGGCGUGGGCGAACACCACUACAUUUGGCUGCAAUGAAUGGACAUUAUGAAAUGGUUUCAUUACUUAUUGCGCAAGGAUCGAAUAUUAACGUCAUGGAUCAGAAUGGAUGGACAGGGAUGCAUUAUGCCACUCAAGCAGGUCAUUUGGAUGUUGUCAAAUUGUUUGUGAAGAGUUCAGCUGAUGCACAAGCAGAAACGAAAGAAGGAAAGGUACCAUUAUGUUUCGCUGCUGCAUACAAUCAUGUUGAUUGUUUACGCUUUCUACUGAAACAACAUCACGAUACGCAUGCAUUAAUGGAUGAUCGAAAGUUCGUUUUUGAUCUAAUGAUCUGUGGUAAAACGAGUAAUAAUGAACCAUUAAAAGAAUUUAUCUUGCAAAGUCCAGCACCAAUUGAUACUGCUGUUAAGCUAUCAGCUUUAUAUUAUGAAAUGAGUGAAAAAGAAAAGGAAAGGUCCAAAGAUCUAUUAAAUGUUUCACAAUUUGCGGAAGAUAUGGCCGUUGAAUUACUCAGUAUAACAGCAAGCGAGUACAAUCCGGCAUUGUUACUGAAAGCAAAAGAUAAUCGUGGACGACCGCUUUUGGAUGUAUUGAUUGAAAAUGAGCAGAAAGAAGUAGUUUCCUAUGCAUCAGUUCAGCAUUAUCUUACGGAAAUCUGGAACGGACGUGUGGAAUGGUCAUUUGGUAAAACGGUCGCAUUCACACUAAUGGUACUUAUUUGUCCACCAGCUUGGUUUUAUUUUUCGCUACCGCUUGAUACACGUGUUGGGCGUGCUCCAAUUAUCAAAUUCGUUUGUCACAUCGUAUCGCAUAUAUACUUUACAAUUUUGCUUACUAUUGUGGUACUCAGCCUGACACAUAAAAUUUAUGAAGUACGAAGUAUCGUGCCGAAUCCAAUUGAAUGGUUAUUGCUUUUAUGGCUCUCCGGAAAUCUUGUCUCCGAGUUAUCAAAUGUAAGCGGUGGUUCCGGUCUUCGGAUUGUUAAGGUACUAAUUUUGGUACUUAGUGCAAUUGCAGUAGCAGUGCAUAUUCUUGCAUUCCUACUACCCAUUUUAUUUAUGCAUCACUUAAAUGAUGACGAAAAGAUGCAUUUCGUGCGAACAAUGCUCUAUUUAAAAAAUCAGCUAUUUGCAUUUUCUUUAUUAUUUUCUUUCGUUGAAUUUUUGGACUUUCUCACUGUUCAUCAUUUAUUCGGUCCAUGGGCUAUUAUUAUACGAAAUCUUAUGUAUGACCUUCUCAGGUUUCUCGUUAUAUUAUUACUAUUUAUAGCAGGUUUUACUCUACAUGUCACCUCUAUAUUUCAGCCAGCAUAUCAACCUGCAAAUGCGGAUGAUGCGCAAUGGAUGCGUCUUGCAUCACCGGAACAAACUCUUGAAAUGUUAUUUUUCUCAUUAUUUGGAUUAGUAGAACCGGAUACGAUGCCACCACUUCAUUUAGUUCCUGAUUUUGGAAAAAUUAUUUUGAAAAUGAUUUUUGGAAUUUAUCUAUUGGUUACUUUAAUUGUUUUAAUAAACUUAUUGAUUGCAAUGAUGUCUGAUACAUAUCAACGGAUUCAAGCGCAAUCGGAUAAGGAAUGGAAAUUUGGUCGUGCAAUCCUAAUCAGGCAAAUGAAUAAACGUUCUGCUACUCCGGCUCCUAUUAAUAUGUUGACGAAGUUGAUUGUUGUCCUUAAAGUUGCUUAUAGAAAUAACUUAAAAUUAUGUACGCAAAAAGCUCAGCAAGAUCUUAGGCAUGAAGAGAACAUUGAUGCAUUUUCGAUGAGCGGUGGUGAUACGGGGCGCCUUAGUCCAGCUAUUUUAGCUGAUGACGAUGCUGCUGAAAUUCGAUGUGGCCAGAACGAAGAAUUAGGAAAAGGUGAUAAUUGGAAUAUCGAAACAAUAAUUGAUUGGAAACGUAUCGUCAAUAUGUAUUAUCAAAUAAAUGGUAAGGUAGAUCCGGAAGACGUACAAGUGGAAGUGCCGUAA